CGACAGUGCUUCUUCCCACACCAAAAUAUAUCGGCCUGAUUAUCAAAAGCAAGCUAAGUUUCUUUUAACAAUGGUUGGAAUGUGGUCUUUGAUCCGACAGAUAGAUCAAACUAAAACGACAUGGGCAAUCAAGGCGAGGGCUGCAAGGGUCUACCGUGAGCCAGCCCAUGAUGGUUUUCCACCAUCAUUGGAAGUGAUCUUUCAUGACGAAGAGGGCUCGAAGAUUCAUGCUCAUGUACCAGAUCAGUUUGUGGGCAAGUUUCACGCUUUGUUUACUGAGGGACGUAUCUUUGCGGUUAAGAAUUUUAUGGUUGAAGAAAACUUCAUGUUUUUUAAAACAACAACAAGUGCGUAUAGGCUAAGGUUUUUUAAAAAAACUGAGGCCUUUGAGAUGAAAAUUCCUUUCCCUCUGAAGACUUUUUCAUUGGUGUCAUUUUCUACCUUACAUGCCCAGGACUCUGUUGAUGAUAGAGCAGCCAUUGAUAUCAUUGGUCAAGUUGUGCAUGACAAAGACCCUAAAACAAUUCUCAAGAACGAUCGUCCUAAAAAGCUGAUAGAACUUAUCUUAGGCGACACCGAGGGAAAUGUCAUCGCAUGCACACUCUGGGGUCCUAUGGUAGAAAUGCUGGUCACCUACAAACUAACCACUACAGAACCUAUUGUUAUGCUUCUUCAGUGCUGCAGGGCAAGAAAAUACCAAGGACAAGUGCAUGUUUCAAACAUGUUUAAUACAACCAAAGUUAUUCUGAAUGGGUCUGAGGAAGUGUUCAACGAUUUCAAGACCAGGAUGGCUGAAAGGUGUGGGGAAGGUUUGAGUUUUACAAUAUCUUCAGACACAUCCAGUGAAGGAGAUAUUAGUAGUGGACAGAUCGAAUUGGUCACGAUUGACCAACUGACCAAAAUGGAAGAGGAUGGGAAACACUGGGUUUACGGAGAGAUCGCUGGAAUAGACAGUCACAGGGACUGGUCAUACGUGUCCUGCAUUGGAUGCAACUGUAAAGUGUCACCCAACGGCUACACGUUCCAGUGUUUGACUUGCAACACUUCUGAUGCGGUGCUGCGCUACAAAGUGAACAUUAGGGUAGUGGACAAGACAUCUCAUGCUUCUUUCCUGCUGUGGGAUAGGGAAGUUUCGUGUUUAAUAGGUCGUUCGGCGGCAUCUCUGAAAGAACAAGUGGCCAAGAGAAAUUUUGGUCCGCACUACUUUCCUUCGGAGAUCAAUGCCUUGAUGGAUAUCAAGGCACUGUUCCGUGUGCAGUACAAGAUGGACAGUCGGAACUAUAAGGGUAACCAAACCUUCAGUGUGCUUAGGAUGAACACAGACCCGAGGGUUAUUGCCCUUUAUGUUUCUGAGACAAGAGCAUCAGAGGAUGAAGAUGAGUUCACCCUGCUGAAGAAAGAGUUUUGUGGCACAGAUAAUGUUUGUUCUUCCCAGUAUGACAGUUCAGCAAGCCCACCACUUUUGAACAAGCAACAGAAAAUGGCACUUAAGAUUGAUGGAGAAAGGUUGAAGAAAAACCUAUUUGGGGAGUCAUCUACCACGGUGCCCAUGAAGAAAAUGAAGGGUGUGAAGAUUGAGGAGCCUAAACCUUGAUGUUCUAAUGUGGGUGUCUGGUGUGUGAUGCAGCUAUGUUAUGGAGUACUAAAUAAAAAACUGUCUCGGCAGUUGUGUGGCC